AUGAAUCAUUGUAAUCUUCAGCAGAACGACGCGGUUUUGGCUUACGAAGAGAUGAGAGGAUUGAUUGCAGUCACUGGGCAUCAAAAGGGUGGUGCAGUCGUUUGCCCCAAGCCUCGGCGAAUAGGGGUCCCCGCCAUUAACCUGAACAAGCCAUGGAGAUUUCAUACGAAUCAUCAAGCCGACGUGAGCGAUUCGAUAUCUGGUGUGGACCCUCUUGAUAUCAUCCUCGUUAAUAAGGAUUUAGGAACAGAACAAGAACAAUCUAUAGCCUCAACACCUCCAUAUUUUUGGGGGUCGCCUCCGAGUAGGUCUGCGAAUCCACUAGUGCAAGAUGUUCGAUUUGGUGAUGAAAGGCUUGGACAUGCCCUUUGGACAUUGCAAACUCCGUCUCUGUCGUCGUCAUCAUCGGCAGGUAAAGGAGAACGUAUUAAGAUGAAAUUCGGCCUUACAUCGGCCACAGUUAGAGUUGAAGGAUUUGAUUGCCUCAACAGGGAUGGCCAAAAUUCCAGAAUCCCUGCUACGGCUUAG